GGACACCGCCUAGAAUGGCAUUCUCUGAAAAAUCGACGAUCAACGUAUUCUUGCCGUCUAAUCAGACCUGCAAACCAGGUCAACACGCUUUGGGAUGGAACAAAGAUAUCAAUAAUUGUUCUAUUUACGUGAUAGCAGCCUUUGUAACCGAAGAAUAUGCAUCGCGCGUCGACAAUUGUGAAGACUUGUUAUGGUCACGUGUAAUGGGCCAAGUUUCAGAUCACGUGACCGUUGGUGAAGUAGGCCAGCUUCCAUUUUUCGUGUCCGAUAGUCAAUCAGUGCUUCCUAACAAGAGCCAACGCACUGUAUUUAUUUAUUACAACAAUGGGUCCAAUAACCCUACUUACAGACUCAGAGAAUUCGAAGAAGAUGGCUCCCCUGUGAACUUCUCGAAGCAUCUUCAACCUGAUGACUUUAAUGAUGGUCUUGAAUUCGCUCUUGCUGCUAUUAACACUGUACCUUUUCUAAUGUCUUCAUUAUCAAAAUUUCAUGGACAUCAUAUUUUUUCGCCACAAACAAAUAGUCACAUGACAGAGAUUACAUUUCUAAAAAUUAUAUUGGCUGGUAUCACGCUUGUCACUUGGGGUAUGAAAGGCCUUUUGAAGUUAUUUAUGCUGUUCAUUACUGGCUGUAGUACCCUACCAUUAUUCAACCGUCUGAAUGUUUUAACAGUUGGGCGACUGAUAGCUACUAGAAGAAAUCAAUAUAAUUACUGUGUUCAAGACGUAAAGAACAGAAAUGAUGCAGGGCAGCAGAGAAUAUUGUCGAAUAUGGCAUGGUCUAUUGGUAUGGAUAUGGUAUUAGGCAUGGCUGUUUCAUUGUGGCUACUGUCUGACAAUAAUAUAUUGUUCAUGGCUAAACUCAUUGGCGACAGUGGGCAAGAUGCAGUGGGACUAGUUGAAAGGCAGUUGGUCUGGUUGAUGGGUGUUCCAGCAGGGCUCAAAUUGAAUAGUGCACUAGAUCAACUGCUCGGUGAAUUCUUUCUGUAUCUCAUUGGGAUCUGGAGUGCGUAUCUUCGAUUUGUUGUUGGUCCACUUCUGUAUCCCAUUGUAUUCUUUAUGACGCUGUCGAGCUGUUUGGGUAUGUCUGUACUGUUGGCUCUCUUGGGUGAUAUCCUCUCUGUCAUGACCUUUCAUAUAUAUUGCUUUUACGUCUUUGCAGCAAAGAUGUACAGCGUGCAAGUGUAUACUCUUGGGUCACUGUGGAGAUUGUUUACAGGCAAAAAGUGGAAUGUCCUUCGCAACAGAGUUGACUCGUGUGAGUACAAUGUUGAUCAGCUGUUCCUUGGCACUCUACUUUUUACAGUUUUGUUUUUUCUCUUACCCACCGUUGCGAUGUACUACUUUGUGUUUUGUCUGUUGCGGCUCAUUGUAUUGUCUUUACAUGUGGUCAUCAGCAUCACAAUCAGUGUUUCUACCACAUUGCCUAUCUAUGGCUUAUUGAUUAGAUUGUUGAAUCCUCUUCAGUUCCCAGGUGGAAUUAAGCUUGAGUUGAAAACGCCACUGCCAUCAUGUUUAUCGAGCAUCCACCUACUUCUCAAAAGGCAGUCGUGUAGUUGGAUGAGUUUGUGGCAGUGGAGCGGAUGCCCAACACUGAUGCAAAUGGUUGAUAUCAAGAAUCUCGUAAAGUUACUAUUAGUGGGACAACUUGUUUAUCCAUGGAGCUGGAAAGAGAUGAACAAAGUGUGAGCUUGUGUAAACGUUAUUUCUGUACAGUACCUCAUUGAUUUUUACGUGUUGUAAUGUUGUAAUGUGAAUGCUUACAUUAGAAUUAUUUAUUUAAAAAUAUAAUGGCGGCUCACUCAGUUCCCACCUGCUUA